GUCACGGUGCAGACAACGACUUCCGGUUCAACAGCGUCACAAGGCCGAAUGUCCUUCACAAUAAAAGUCUGCCGAUUUAAAUUUUACUCAAUUAUCUUUUUCCGAUUUUAAUCGACAUUUGCGCGUCGGAAUGUUAAUGUGUGCUCUUAGCGUGAAAACGUGACCAGGAUUUUGUCGUGAAUUUGUUAAUUGUCUGCAAUAAAUUUCGCGUAAAUGUGAACUGCACAUAUGUAUUUUAAUGUGUUACAUUUCUUUUAAACGCUCAUUGGAGAAUUUGAUUAUAUGUUUAAAAAUGUUCUUAAAUAACGGACAUUUUUUAUUAUUUUUCAAAUCACACUGAUCUUUAUUUUGGUGACAGCAGAGGACAUCUGCAUGUGACACGGAAGUGAUUAUCAGGGCUUUUUUUAGACAGGAGGAGGAGCCUGUGCUUGAAGUUGAACUUUUUGACUUGCCGGUACAUGUUCGGCAACUCGGUGCGCGGUGCGGACGAUGAACCGGCUUAUAAACGGUACGUUGGCGCGUCGUCGCCGGUAUUUUCUUCCUGUCACGUGAUGUCUGCGGGCCGAGAGCUCGCGCUGUGGGUCGUGGAGUAUAUUUGGGCUCACGGGACCAUGGAUUUACACGUCAUCGACCUCUCUGAAUGGCCGCAUCUGGACACACGACCUCUGACCCUCGAGGACUCGUGGAGGCUGCGAGUGGCGUCGGCGCAGGCCUCGAACAUCGUGAAGAGCAGAGACGUUGAGAACUUUGAGAGAGUGAUGCAGUUUGUUGAAGCCACUCACAGACUCGUGCCCACACUGGUGACGCCCAUCAAACACAUGAAGCUCGUGUUUGGACUGAAAACCAUGGUCAUCAUGUGGAUGCUCCGUCAGGACGCAGGAGUUGUUGACAUCGUGUUUAAAAUCAAACAGUUCUUCCCAAAUAAACUGCCUCAGUAUGAAGAUCAGUGUACUCAGCGUGAGAUGUUCCUCAUGAGGAGAAACAAUCUGGACUUCCGGGUUCUGACACAGUCGCUGGCUCUGGACAAGGACAAAUGUGACCAUUAUAUGAAGACACAGAUGGAGACGGAGUACGGAGGACGUUACGCUCAGAGAGUGGAGGACAGGCUGCUGCACUAUCUGCAGCAGCUGCAGCUCGUCUUACCUGAGCACACGUUCAUCGACCAGAUACUGAAGAAGAAAAGUCCCGUCACUGAGGACGAGAAGCUGCUGGUGGACAUCGUCACCUCAGACUCUGUAACCAUAGCAACGACACUGAGGAGGCUGCUGCACUGUGAUGCUGCUUCCUGUCAUGCAGGUGAUGUUUCUCCAUCAUUGGAGCAAAGAGCGACUGGAGAGGAAACUGAAGAGUCUGCUCCGUUUGGCAGCUCCUCGAGAGUUUCCAAAGACGGACUUUCUCUGAGGGAGAACAGCGAUAAUUCAGAUGUUCAAAGGCAUCAACGGGCAGAAGAGGGUGGUGAGAUAAUCCUCAGGGUUGAGGAGAAGAGCGGCAGGAAACGUGCCUCCUCUCCACAGUUUUGCUCCAAACAUCAGCGAUGGGUGAAGAACAUGCUUCAGGAGUGUCCUGACGAGUGUUCACAAGAACCUCGGGCCAACAGGUCCUCAUCUCCACCACUGUUCCAGUCAUCUUCAUCCACCUCUUCUUCACAGGACCUCACCCCUUCAGGCCUCAUCCUGUGUCCCACCGAGCAACAGAAUCCACCCCCACAGAUGACGGCUGCUCCGGGACAAGAAAACCCCAACGACGAGCAGAGAGCUCCGUCAACGAGUCAAACCUCUCCAACUGAACAGCCCUCAUCCACAGAAGCUCUUCUGCCCUCGCUGUCGCUGCUGUCCCCGGUGGUACGUCUCAUAGACAUUGCCUCCAUCAGAUGGAGUUGCCCUCAUUUUGAACCCCAACAAGCCUCUUCAAAUCCUUCAAUCGUGUCCAGAAACAAACAAGCAGCUUCCAUCUCUGGUCCUCAGACAACACCCUCUCCCUGCUGUCCUACCUCGAGGAGCAAGGACUCUUCAUUGGAUCAGUUCGAAAGUGUUGCCCCGACAAGUCCCCCAAAUCCAACCAACAACCUGCAAACUGCUCCUGUAGCUCAGGAGGCAUCAACUCAUCCAACACCACCAAGGACGCACAGAAGGACUUUAGCUGCCGUCAGACACGCACAGACUCUGGAGACUACCCGUCCGCCCUUAUCCAACCUCAGUAUCUCUUGUCCUUCUGUCAAAUUCGAGGCGUUAUCUUCAGCCUGUAACCAAAUCCGUUCAUCUCUCAGAUCUUCUCGAAAAAGUGUCUUGGAGAACUCUUCCACCUCCAGCUCUGACCGUAUUGCGGUCAGGUCUGAGAUUUGCAGAGUCCAGGCCAGGUUGUCUCUGCUGACCCAGACGCUGCUGCUGCAGUCCUCACUCCUGCAGCCUUACGUGAGUCUUACCAGGCUGAACACUCAGGGCUGUUCCCAAGCAACCGAACCCAGAUCCUCAGACCAACAUGAGGAGGAGCUGGUGUCUGAAGGGAUUAAUGAUGAGGAGAGGAGCCAGGAGGACAAUCUGGAUUCUUCUUUUGAUGUGAACUCUCUUUACUCCGGUCACUCUUCGAGCAGUGAUGGCGAGGACUGCGACCCGGACUACAAACCCAGCAUGAAAAAGAAAAGACUACUCUUAAGCACAGGACACACCAGCCCAACGGUUAGCCACCUAGCAGUUGAUCUAUAGCCCUCACUGGGGCGUGUUUGUUUUACCAUUGGGUCUUCUCAUCAUAGAUGAUGUUGAUGAUCUGAUUCCAUGGAGCCUGCAGGAGGCGGGACACUCACCCAUUCACUCAUGGUGGAUUAUCCGGACAAAAUUUCCUGCCGCUUCUAUUUCGUGAGCUAACGCAGGCAGUACCUGGAGAUCGGCUUCCCGAGAAUGUGGAUCUCCAGAAUCAUAAGAACAGAGUGGCGUGAGAAAAUAAUGGGACACGACUGUAACAUCUUCAGUCACGCUUCAGAUGUCGUAUACAAUGAUGUCUAUUACAUUUGACAUUUUUGCCUUUUUAAUAAUCAACAUGGGGCCACACGGUG